UUUGUUUUUUUUAUAAAGCUUGAAAAGGUUGUCAAAUUAAUUCUGUUGUUGAAGUUCGUCCUGGAUCUCUUUCCUGGUGCUGCACAAUUCAUCGCGAUCACUUGUGUCAGCCGAUCUUGUUUUUGCCUAAGGCGCCUUCUGUGUUAAUAUACUGAGGAGAGACAAUGGAGAAAUGGCUUGCCAGUGCCUUUAAAGGCCUUACCGUCGAGGAGGACUUUACCGACUGUUGUGUGAUUGUCGAGUCGAAUCGAUUCAAGUGCCAUAAGGUGAUCCUGGGGCUCUGCUCGGAAUUCUUCAAGCGGGGAUUUCAGUCCGACUUUGCGGAAGCUGCCUCCGGAGAGCUAUAUCUGUCCGACACUACAGCCAAAACGUUCGAGAAGUUCAGACUAUUUGCGUACACUUACGAUAAGAAGGAGGUCACCACUUACGACAAUGAAACGAUCAUGAAGCUGUUGGACUUCUCCUCCAUUUAUCUGGUGGCAGUAUUAUCAACCGUCUGCAUGGAUAUUAUCAAGGAAAGAAUACCAAAAAUGAAGUAUCCCGAUCUUCUGAAAGUCUUUGAGUAUGCGCAUCACAUUACCAACGAUGAUUUAAUUAAAUUAACCUCAAAGUACAUUAUCACCUUUCGCGAGCCUGUGCCCUCUGAGGUUUAUCAGCUCGGAUCCGAUGUCUUCAGGGAAUUCAUCAGGUUACUUUCCAUGACGGAAAGUAUUCGUUUUGAUAUUAUUGAAAAAUACGUUGCCAUGUAUGGCUUUGUAUCCCUUUGCGAAUUCAAAUGGCAGUUCAAAGGCCUAUCCUCGCAGUCAAAGGAAACAACGGAAGCCUAUGCCAACGAGAAUCCGUUUAAAAUCGAGACGAGCGAUAAUGCAACAGAAAAAGGCGCACAAACUGCAGACUCAAAGCGGAACAAGUUGAAUAAUGAAUAUGUAAAAGAUCUGUUGACUUAUGUCAACUAUGAAGCCAUGAGUGUCCAUGAAUUUUACAGGGGCCCCGGCAAAUCAAAGCUACUAACUCUCGAGUCAAAAUAUGAGCUGUUGUAUAAAAUAGCGGCGAAACCUAAAGUGCGCAACGGGUAUUAAUCGUUCAGUAAAAAACAAAAUCCUGAUACAGGGAUUCACAUUUGAUUUUUGUUUGUUUUUUAAUACACAAUAUGUCCAAACACUUAAA